AUGUGUGACCGGAAUGGCGGGCGUCGGCUCCGGCAGUGGCUGAUUGAGCAGAUUGACAGCAGUAUGUACCCGGGGCUGAUAUGGGAAAAUGACGAGAAGAGUAUGUUCCGUAUCCCUUGGAAGCAUGCUGGCAAGCAGGAUUACAAUCAGGAAGUGGAUGCUUCCAUCUUCAAGGCCUGGGCAGUUUUUAAAGGGAAGUUUAAAGAGGGGGACAAAGCUGAGCCAGCCACGUGGAAGACGAGGUUACGCUGUGCUUUGAACAAGAGCCCAGAUUUUGAGGAAGUGACUGAUCGAUCCCAGCUGGACAUUUCCGAGCCAUAUAAAGUUUACAGAAUUGUCCCCGAGGAAGAGCAAAAAUGCAAGCUGGGCGUGGUGCCUGCAGGCUGUAUGAGCGAUGUCACGGAGAUGGAGUGUGGUCGCUCUGAGAUUGAUGAGCUGAUCAAGGAGCCUUCUGUGGAUGAAUACAUGGGUCUGACCAAAAGGAGUCCAUCCCCACCAGAGGCCAGCAGGAGCCAGGUCCUUCCUGACUGGUGGGUCCAGCAGCCUAGUGCGGGUCUGCCACUGGUGACUGGAUACGCUGCCUAUGACACACACCAUUCAGCCUUCUCCCAGAUGCUGAUCAGCUUCUACUAUGGGGGCAAGCCUGUGGGCCAGGCCACCACUACCUGCCCCGAUGGCUGCCGCCUAUCCCUGAGCCAGCCGGGGCUUCCCAAACUGUAUGGGCCCGAUGGCCUGGAGCCAGUGUGCUUCCCAACAGCUGACACCAUCCCCAGCGAGCGGCAGAGGCAGGUGACCCGGAAGUUGUUUGGACACCUGGAGCGUGGCGUGCUCCUGCACAGCAACCGCAAGGGUGUGUUCGUGAAGCGGCUGUGCCAGGGCCGUGUGUUCUGCAGUGGCAAUGCAGUGGUGUGCAAGGGCAGGCCCAACAAGCUGGAGCGGGAUGAGGUGGUGCAGGUCUUUGACACCAACCAGUUCUUCAGAGAACUGCAGCAAUUCUACGCCACCCAGAGUCGCCUUCCUGAUAGCAGGGUGGUGCUGUGCUUUGGGGAGGAGUUUCCAGACACAGCGCCCUUGCGCUCCAAGCUCAUUCUGGUGCAGGUGGAGCAGCUGUAUGCCAGGCAGCUGAUGGAGGAAGCAGGCAAGAGCUGUGGUGCUGGUCCCCUGAUGCCAGCCCUGGAGGAGCCCCCACUAGACCAUACCUUGCGGAUGUUUCCAGAUAUCUGUGCCUCACACCAGAGACCCUUUUUCAGAGAAAACCAACAGAUCACCGUCUAAGCCUCACCCUGGGCAUCCUACCUCGCCCGAGGCUCAAGCUUCACAAUUCUGUGCCUGACAGCAUUCUGAUAGGAUGUGGACCCCUCUGGCUAAGGCGGGCAGUGUUCUCUAUGAGGCCUUCAGAAGCCCAGAAAUGGACACACUCCUGCCCAGGCAGAUAUCGGAAGUUUGCAGGGGCUGUGGCCAGAACUUGCAAUUAAAACAUUAAUUUCUUGACUUUUCCCCAUUACCAUUAAUGGUUGCUCUUUCUACAUGUUGAAGUCAGUUUGACAGUUUAAAUCAGUCUGUGGCAAUAGAGCCACCUUUGUCCUUCUCUGGCUGAAGGUAGAGAUUUCUGACUUUCUCUGCUUGAUUGUACAAAAUGCAUCUUUUUACUGGUCCUUUUCUUUUUGUAU